AUGUACUUCAUACCUGAUCAUGACACUCUAACAAUACAGAUUAAGAACCGCUACUCAGAGGUGUCACAGGCAGCACAAAGUCAGGGGCUAAUGGGCAGAUCCCACCUUUUCCAUAUUAUACUUCAAGAUCUCAGCACAGAAACACUUGUGAUAGAAGAAGUGCCCGGAGAGCUUAUUAAAAUGCUGACAUUUGACUCCUCAAGAGGUGCAGAAAUGGGGAUGUGUGUGUUAAAAGAGUUAGAAACAUUGGGAAAAGACUUAUAUGGAGCAAAACUGAUUGCACAAAAAUGCCAAGUCCGAAAUUGUCCCCAUUUCAAGAAUCCAGUGAGUGGAUCAGAAUGUCUGCUCUCCAUGGUUGAAGAGGGAAAUCCUCAUCAUUAUUUUGUGGCAACACAGGAUCAGAAUUUGUCUAUGAAAGUGAAGAAAAAGCCUGGAGUCCCUCUCAUGUUUAUUAUUCAGAACACUAUUGUCUUGGACAAACCUUCUCCCAAAACAAUUGCUUUUGUUAAAGCAGUAGAGUCAGGUCAGCUUGUCUCAGUGCGCGAGAAACAAAGUAUCAAGCAACUCAAAGAAGAAAAGGGUUUAGUGAAAAACCCUGAACAGAGGAGAAAGAAAAAACACAAGAAAGUAAGUGGCCCCAAUCCUCUUAGCUGUUUGAAGAAAAAGAAAAGAGCACAGGAUACAAAAUCAUCUGCCUCUGAAAAGAAGAGAAAAAGAAAAAGAAUCCGGAAUAGAUCUACCUCAAAAGUACUUUCUGAAAAGAAGAAUGCAGAAUGA